CAUCAUGUCUGGCUUCGACGCAGACCGUGUCUUCUCAGUGGCAGUACAUGAUCACUUUGCUUCACCAGCACCAGACUCUCCGGCGGGUAUUGAGAAACUCUUACUGGAAUUCCUAUUGCAGUAUCGUGUCGGGGGCGAAUUCAUCUAUCGCGACAAGCUUCGGGCAAAUCUGCUCUUGAAGCAAUACCAACUCGAGGUUGACCUCCGUCACCUCAGCCUCUACAACGAUGAGCUGGCACAUACUAUACAGGAUCGUCCAGCAGAUAUUCUUCCACUGUUCGAGAACGCUGCUACUAAAGCCUCGCGAGCAAUCCUAUUCCCGCUUGCUGGUGGUGCAGACGAGCAAGCUGAUGCUGCUAUUCAAUCGCUUCCCAAACUACAAGUCUCUGUCAAAUCAGGUCUCAGCCUUCUCCAGUUCCGCGAGCUUACUGCAGACACCAUGAACAAACUCGUUCGUAUACCCGGCAUCGUCAUCUCAGCAUCCGUUCUCUCCUCACGCGCCACAAGACUUCAUCUUCAAUGUCGAGCCUGUCGUUCGACGAAGGUAGUAUACCCUGGUGGAGGUCUUGGUGGAGUUGGUGGUGGGUCUGACAGGGGUCUUCCUCGUGUUUGCGACGCUCCUGAGCCAGAGGGACAGAAGAAGGAUUGCCCGAUGGACCCGUAUCUUAUUAUUCAUUCCAGGUCCCAGUUCUCCGACCAUCAGGUAUUGAAGCUGCAGGAAGCACCCGAUAUGGUCCCCGUUGGAGAGUUGCCAAGGCAUAUCCUCCUCUCAGCAGAUCGCUAUCUCACUGGUCAGGUUGUCCCUGGCUCUCGGAUAAUCGCGACUGGUAUAUAUUCGACGUUCCAGUCUGCUAAGAAUAAACAAGCCAGCGCAUCUGCGCUUCGUACUCCCUACCUCCGAUUGGUACACCUUGACCUCCUGUCCCCGUCAUCCAGCGGUUCGGGCAGCACGAACCCGUUCGGAGUCCAAUACACGCCCGAGGAGGAAGAAGAGUUCGGAGAGAUGGCCCGAAGCGAAGGGUUCUAUGAGCGUUUUGCGAAAAGUGUAGCACCUAGUAUCUUUGGAAGCUUGGACAUCAAGAAAGCCAUCACAUGUCUUCUAUUCGGUGGCUCGAAGAAGAUCCUUCCAGAUGGGAUGCGCCUCAGAGGAGAUAUUAAUGUUCUCCUACUGGGUGAUCCUGGUACCGCAAAGUCUCAGUUACUCAAAUUUGUGGAAAAGGUUGCGCCUAUUGCUGUCUAUACAUCAGGAAAAGGAUCUAGUGCCGCUGGCCUGACUGCGUCGGUUCAACGCGAUCCUACAUCUCGAGAGUUCUAUCUCGAGGGCGGCGCAAUGGUGCUUGCAGACACCGGUGUCGUGUGCAUUGACGAGUUCGACAAGAUGAGAGACGAAGAUCGUGUGGCCAUUCACGAGGCCAUGGAGCAGCAGACGAUCUCGAUAGCCAAGGCUGGUAUCACGACUAUCCUCAACUCACGGACAAGUGUGCUCGCUGCCGCCAAUCCGGUGUGGGGCAGGUACGACGAAGGAAGAAGUCCAGGAGAGAACAUCGACUUUCAAACGACCAUCCUAUCACGAUUCGAUAUGAUAUUUAUCAUCAAGGACGAGCAUGACGAAACGCGAGACAGGACGAUCGCGAAGCAUGUCAUGAACAUCCAUAUGAAUCGUCCGAACCAGAGUGCCGAUGAAAAUGGUGACGCGGUCGGCGAGAUUGAUAUCGACAAAAUGAAGCGCUUCAUCUCGUACUGCAAGAUGAAAUGCGCGCCACGACUUUCGCCGGAAGCUCAAGAACUGCUCAGUAGUCACUUCGUCGCGCUACGGAAGGAAGUGCAACAGGUCGAGCGGGAUAAUGACGAGCGGAGUUCUAUCCCUAUCACUAUCCGUCAACUCGAGGCUAUCAUUCGUAUAUCCGAGUCCCUCGCGAAGUUGACCCUCUCACCUGUCGUGCUCAACCAUCACGUCGAAGAAUCCAUCCGGCUCUUCAAAUUCUCCACUAUGAACGCUGUCUCAGCCGGAAAUGUCGACGGCCUCUCCCGCGGAGAGCUGAACCACGAGAUGGUACAGAUGGAGAAGGAGCUCAAGAGGCGCUUGCCUGUCGGGUGGCAUACAAGCUAUCAGAGUUUGGUGAAGGAAUUCGUCAACACAAGUGGUUACUCGAGCCAUGCACUGGAGAGGACCCUGUUCUUGUUGGAGAAGAGGGAUAUUAUCAGGUUUUCGAAUCAGAAAAAACAAGUGCAUAGGAUUGGGGUCUGAUCCCUUGGUAAUAGCUUUCCUUUCGCUAUCUUUCUUUGUCUCUGGUUGUUUUGAUAUGCUGUGUGUAAGUUAUUGUAUGCAAUGAAAUGUAUCCUUGCGUUUGGACCUCG